AUGGCGGAAGGCACCAAGGCCCAGGAGAGGUUCGCCCUCAUCCAGGAGAACCUGGCCGAGAUCAUGAACCCCGAAAUCAUCGAGAAGAUCCUGGCCGAGGGACGCAACCCGAAGAUUUACUGGGGAACCGCGACAACGGGCAGACCGCACUGCGGCUACUUUGUGCCAGCCAUUAAGCUGGCUCAGUUCCUCGCCGCCGGUUGCGAGCUGACCGUCCUCCUUGCCGACAUCCACGGCUUUCUCGACAACCUCAAGGCCCCGAUCGAGCUUGUCGAGCAGCGCGCCAAAUUCUACAAGUUCGCCAUCACGAACAUCCUCAACGCCGUCGGCGUUUCCACCGAGAAGCUCAAGUUCGUCCUGGGUAGCUCCUACCAGAAGAGCCCCGAGUACAUUAUGGACGUCUACAAGAUGAGCUCGCUCAUCAGCGAGAGGGACGCGAAGAAGGCCGGUGCUGAGGUCGUGAAGCAGUCUGAUAACGCCCCCAUGAGCGGUCUGCUCUACCCUGUGCUCCAGGUUUGCGAUGAGGAGCACUUGGGUGUUGAUGCUCAGUUUGGAGGCAUGGACCAGAGAAAGCUGUUCGCGGCGGCAACCGAGUGGCUGCCCAAGGUUGGAUACCAAGUGCGCGCACAUUUGCUGAACCCCAUGGUUCCUGGCCUGAACGGUGGCAAGAUGAGCUCAAGCGACCCUGACAGCAAGAUUGACCUUCUUGAUGCGCCCGAGGUCGUCCAGAAGAAGCUCCGCAAGGCCGAGUGUGUGCCUAAGGUUGCCGAGGGCAAUGGUGUCCUGGCCUUUGUCGAGUACGUGAUACUUCCGGCCGCGGGUCUGAAGGGCAAGAAGGAAUUCCGCGUCGAGCGCGAGCGCGACGGCCUCGAGCCCCUAGUCUACACUGACAUCGCCGAGAUGCACACCGACUACAAGAACGACGUGUUGACGCCCCAGCUGUUGAAGCCCGCAGUGACUAAGGCUCUUAACGAUCUCCUGGCGCCUAUCCAGAAGGCGUUCCAGGACUCGGAGGAGUGGAAGGAGAUUACGCAGAAGGCUUACCCCCCGGUAGAGGACGACAAGAAGAAGAAGAAGAAGCAGCCCAAGGACAAGGGCUCCCGCUACCCCGGUGGAGGCAAGGGCGGCGCUGCGGCCCAGGACGGCGCGGUCAAGGAGUCGGAGCUGCCCGUGCGUCCGGCCGAGGGCGCGGCCCAGUGA